AUGGAUGGCCCGGGCCCCGAAGUCCAGAACGGCCGCCUUUCCCCAUCAGCAGCUGGCCCAUUUGGCUACAGCUUUCUUUCUCCCAUGGAUAUUCCGUUUGAACAAGCCCCCGCUUUACCUCCGGGUCCCUCUCUUCUUGACGAUAACGAAUCCAAUAUGCUUGACAACUUCUUUUCUACAAUGAACGCCAAUAACUUGACAAAUGAUUUCUGGCUUCGAGGACAACAGAAUAAAUCUUCUGGUUUCAACUUUGAUUGGUCUGAUGAGCUCCCACCAACGUUUGAGGGCUCCAGUACUUCGUUGUCGCAUCCCUCAUUCCAACAGCAUGGGCCUGGCAAAUCGAGCUUGAUGGCGGGGAGUGCGGCAGGUCAAGAUCUUUAUGCUACAGCCUCAAUGCUUUACCAAGGUGGUAUGAACGGAUCUGCAAUUUCGCACCCGGCCUUUGCGGGUCAGCCUCUGUCCGCUAAUGGUGCACAUGAUAGACGUGGCUCACAGCAUGUGGCUCACACACAAGCAUCAAGUCCCUCAGCAUCCCGCAACCGAAUAUCUACCGGCUUUCACACUUCUGAAAUGCUUUUCGAUGUGCGUGAUCCGAUUCCCGCCGACCACCCAUAUCGCAAAGUUCGUGGCCUCCACUGGGGCUCGGAUGGUAGUUUUAUGGACCAGGGCUAUGUUGCCCCUCCUGACCAACCAGACAUGGAAACACGCACUAGAGAGCUACUUGAUCACCUGGACUGUUUUGAGCCACAGACCAGCACUACUAAUACCCGUGCUCCGAGUCCAGAACGUAUGGUUAAUAUGCCUAACCAACGUACGACCUUGCGUGGUCUGGAACCCGAAGAUGACUCCCAGCCUCGCAAGCGGCAGCGAACUAUCAAAGAAGAUGACCAAACUUCAGAUGAGGAGGAGAUAGAACAGCCGUCGCGAAAGUCUCGGACUCCCAAUAGUGCCAAGGUUCGAAAUGCGGUGACCCAUGUCUCUCGGAAAGAAAAGGCACAACCGGGUAGCAAGCUCCCUCGAGAAAACCUUUCAGAGGAACAAAAACGGACCAACCAUAUUCUGUCAGAGCAAAAGCGGCGCAAUCUCAUUCGCCAAGGCUUUGAGGAUCUGUGUUCGCUAGUUCCUGGACUCCGAGGUGGGGGUUUUAGUAAGAGCGCCAUGCUUACACAGUCCGCAGACUGGCUAGAGGACAUCCUGCUUGGUAACGAGGUCCUGCGGAACCAACUAGCAGGGAUGAAAGGCGUCAACGGGCUUGCCAUGCCUCGAUAA